ACCAGCAAGAGCGGACAUCUUUUGGUUGCGGACCCAGACAAGCAGAAAGAAGUGGCGGUUCACGGAAUCCUGCAGUUUUCGCGAACAAGCUACGACACCUAGAAAAUUCGGGUCGAAGUAUAUUUGAAACCCUCGAAGAUGUGGGACACAGUGGUAAAGGAUGUUCCAGCAGAGGCUAGUGAAGUGGCCAAGUUCGAGGAAAUUGACGCCAUGGCCAGGUCAUUGCUGAUGAGUUUAAUCUCGGAUGAGUACUUGGGAUGUAUACAAGAGAAGAUCACGAUGAAGGAAAUGUAAAACGUUCUCAAAAAUACAUUCGCCAAGAAGACCUCGGGAAGGCAGAUGGUUAUACGAAAUCAGACCGGUCGUCUUAAGUUCAAGGACGAGCUCACCUUCAACAAUUUGAGGAUUUUUUUCGGCUGCUCCAAGUAGCUGGAUCGAAGCUAGAAGAAAGCGCUGUCUGCUCCGCCUUAAGUUUAACCCUUCCAGAGUCCUACGAUCCCCUGAUGACUGCGUUGGAAAACCCAAUUCCCGAAUCUCAAUUCACUUAUGAGUUAAUAAAGACCCGGUUGCUAGGCGACGAAUGUAAGCGCUCGGAAAGAAUAGAAAAUUUUGAAGAGAAGCCUACGGUCGUUGAAGACAAUCGAAAUAGAAACGGAAGCUUAAAGUUGAGCGGAAAGUGACAUAACUGUGGAACAUGAGGACACCUGAAAAAGGACUGCUGGAUGAGGAUGAACGUAAAUGUUGCCAGUGGAACGAAACAGGUUGCGUUCAUGGCGGAUGGAACAGGACGAAAGAACCACUCAUGGGAUAAGCUGGAAUUCAUACUGUAUUCAGGAGCCAGUGUCCACAUCCUGUUGAACAACACGCCAGAGAGAACUUCUCGGCUGAAUCGAUCGGCUACUAUGAUAUCCAGUCAUGGCUGACCAAGACGCAGACGGAUGUGGUAUUUAAGGAUACGAUCACCUCGCAGCAAACAUCGGAUUAAUUCCUUAAUAAGCACCAGAGCAUGCGGAAGAUCGACAACUUCACGGAGCACUACAAGAAGAUGAUGGACUUCGACGAGGGUCUGACGUCCAAGAAUCCGCAGUACAUGAUCUUGUGCGAGCGUCUGGAGACAUGCAAUUUAAUCCAAUGUGAUUUCCGAUGUCUUCAGCAGCACCAUUUUAAACGCAACGACAUGGAAGAAGUGUGUCUUGGUUAUUUUUCUUUUCUGGAGCAUUCCACACGUGCUUCCAAUUGGAAUCGAUCGUUCCCACUGCGACCAAACGUUUUCGAUCGGUUUUUCGAUAGUCUUCGCGAACAGUGCUUAUUUAUCGCCCGGUGCCCUACUCCGCAGCAUCCGCGAGUGUAUGGUUGUUCCGUCCAACGGAUAACGGGUUGUUCCGAUAUUUAUCGGCAGUUGUGUUGAACAAAAAAAAAAUUGGAACCCAGGUGAACGAUGGAUAAUGUUUGGUGCAACGAAGAGCAAAUGAAACAAGAACAACAGGUACAAAUCAACUCCACAUCCCCUUCCCCUUUCCACCCGGUCGCGGACGUUACUGGGACGGUGGUUUGCUCAUUAACGGUCACCCCGGUAGGAAGAAAAAUCACUUUCAGCAGCAGCGAAAGAGAUAGAGAAAAAGAAACAUCAGAGGGCGAUGGGAACCGAUCGCAAACACGCAUGGAGUGGAUCGGAUUUUUGCAGUUAGAUUUGAUGACACUUGAAAAUCGAGAUAAGAUCAGCAAUGAAUCAAAAUUGGACCAAAUCAAUAAAGGCAUCAUAAAACAGCUGUUAGUCCGAUUGUGCGACAGAUUGCUAAGCU